ACGUUCCAAUGAGUCAGUGCCGUUUUGUCACACAGUCGGGUUCUGUUCUACUACGUUUUUCUGUAUAAUAAUUGUAAUACUUUCGUCGGCAAAUGAAAAAUAAUAGUGUACAAACUUUGCACGCAAUUAUGUCGUAGGAACAAUACAAUUUGCGAUACGUUUUUAUUAUGCCGUGUUAGUGUACCAUAAAAAUUACACAGUUUUCGCGUUCGGUACGAAUCUAAAUUUCGCGAUUAACCGCAUAAUCUAUAUUCGAGUGUCAAGAAAAAACGCCGUCAACAGUAGAUUACAAAGGUGCAACCAUGGGACAUGUUGAAAACCAGCACAAAACUGAUCGGAAACCGUCAACUAGGCGGAACACGGUGAUGCCUCUUAAGAUAACGGCAGUUGGGGAUGGAAUGGUCGGCAAGACGUGUAUGCUCAUCACUUACACGACUCAAGAGUUUCCCGCCGAAUACGUUCCUACCGUGUUUGACAAUUAUGCGGCCAAUAUCGAAGUAGAAGGACAGAUAUACAAUAUGUGCCUGUGGGAUACGGCCGGCCAAGAAGAUUAUGAACGACUUAGGCCUCUGUCCUAUCCAAAAACUAAUUGUUUUCUAUUAUGUUAUUCGGUCGGUAGCCGGAGUUCGUUUGAGAACAUUGCCAGCAAGUGGUAUCCGGAAAUUCAACACCACUGUCCGAAAGUACCUGUGAUAUUGAUUGGCACGAAAACCGAUCUGAGGCAAAGCCAAGUCGAUUGUGUAAGUGUCGACGAGGCGAAAAAGAUGAAAAGAAGAAUCGGAGCGGUCAAGUAUCUAGAAUGUUCUGCAUUGUCCAACGAAGGGUUGGAAAACAUUUUCCUAGCGGCCAUCCGAGCGGCCAUCAAGAUACAAAAAAAAAAGAAACCGGUUUUCUUUAACUAUUGUUGGAAAUGAGGACAAGAUACCAGAUGUUUUAUGUUUAUAUUCUCUAAGAAACAGAAACCCAAAAUAUGUUACUUUUUUUUAUUGUGGGGGGUGUUUUUCAUAGUUAUCAAACCUGACAAACCGUUGUAACUCAUGUACCUACUAUAGUGUUUAUAAUGUAAAGUUACUAAUAAUAUUGUUUACAAAAAAAAACUGUGCCAUCGACUGUAAUAUUAUAUGUUAUUUUUAACUAAUUAAGCUAUUGUUUGAAAAAAAAAGGAUAUUCACAAUAGUUCUAAGACUUUGUUAACUAUUUACGUAUAGACGAACAUUUCUAGCAAAUAAUAUUUAUUGGCGUGUAUUUUUUUUUUUAGUGUUUAAAAAUCAUUAUACCUACUUGUUUGUAAAGAAAAAUAUAUUAUUAUAAAUUAUCAAAAUAAAUAUUUAUGUUUAAUUCGAGGCUUCGACUUUUGCAACAAGCACUGGUCGAUACGUGUGUUAUAAUAAUUAUUAUGAUUGCUUGUGUUAUUUUACA